AUGACAUGGAUCAACAACUUCUUGACUUCAUCUCACCUUAUCACUAAUGCUUCAUCCGGCUUCAACCCCUCUUUGUCAUGCAUCGUAUUCAAUCUGACCCAUGGUUUCGCCGUCGCUCACACUGGAUGCUCGGAGGCCUCGACGAUGGAUCCUAGCUACGACGCGCUAGGCGUCUCCCUGAUGAACGUCACUGGUCUGAACGUCUUCCCCACUUUCUUCCAGCUGUACUGCAUGAAUCCAUCGUCCGAUGACGGAUGUCCCUACGGUGCUUGUCCGAAUUCGGACCUUGCAGGUUUAUUUACACGGAUUUCAAUCUACAUCACGUCGAUCAGUGGAACGAUAGUCACCGACAUCUCUCGUGAUGAUGCGCAAUCAGCAUUCUGGUCUCAUCUGUUCCUUGUCCUCGCUGUUAUGCUCGCAACGAUCGUGGGGGUGAUCCAACAUCAGAUCACCGUCAUUCACUACACCAUCUCUAUCCUUCUAUGCCUUUCCCCGCUGUUCAUGCGCAUGAUGUUCCAGUACUUUGUAGCUCGCGACAACGCUCACAGGGUCCCCGCCAAGGGGUGGAUCCGCCUCCGGUCGGCGUAUUUCGCACACUGGAAGUUGUUGACAUGGAAAAAGGAUCGCGUUCUUCUUUACUUCAUCUGCGCAACGUGGUUGGCCUUGUUCGGCAUGAUCGUGAUGAUUAUCAUCCCCGAGUACGAUAAUUUCGCGCAGCCGACAUGUCGUUCGCGAUUUCCCUUGGUGUUGGCACUUGUCGAGAUGGCUGUUUACUUUGUCUUAGCGUCAACAGUAUUCAUGGGGCUGUACUACUCUGGACCCUGGAAAAGCGUCGCUUCUACUAUACGCCCCACUGCAUUCAGUAUCUUCCUGUUCGGGAUACUGCAUGCGCUAUGGAUCGCAGGUGUGGAAUGGUCCGUUUGGACGUCCACAAACGACGGCCCUUUUGUGCCAUCGAUCGGUCAGUUCCUAUCACUAUUUACAGCGCUACCGGCCGUGUACUGCCUGUACUGUACGAUCAAGAAGACGUGGCGUUCCAGUGAACAGCCAGAAUUCAACAUGGCGGAGAUCAUCGCCGCCUCUAAGAAGAGCCGGCUGCAGCACUACCAUAUGUUGGAUGCGUAUCAUGCGGACCCACACGCACCGAACGCUGGGGGCCCGCUCGUGCAGUAUCUGCUGAAGAACGUAGAGGGGUUUGCGGAGAUGAAGAAGUGGGAGCAGAUCGACAGGAUGGAUAUGCUCGCGUAUCGAAAGCCGCUCGAAGCGGACACGCCCACGCCCUCGAACCCGCAUGAACCGCGGUCGAAGCCGGCGGAGGCGGUGGGAGAAACCGGUCAGCGUCAAGAAACCGGUCAGCAUCAAGAAACCGCGCUUCGCCCACAGAAUUCGGAAGACAUAGUGAUGGCGGCAAUAGGACGCUCGCGCCCGCUUUCAGAAGUAUCGAGCGACGUCGUAGUGAUAAAGCCACCGGAAGGAUAUAAGCGCAUUUCACACAUGUCGGGAGACAAGAUAGUGAUGAAGCCACCGGAAGGAGAUACGCGCAUUUCACACGUGUCGGAAGACGUGUCGGAAAAUGUGUCGGAAGACAUAGUGAUGAAGCCAAUGGAAGGAGAUACGCCCGUGUGGCACUCAGGAUCCAGUCCGCGACCAUGGUUCAGCGGCUGGAUCGAUGGGGCGGUGUUCAGGAAUAAUCGGUCUUAUCCGCACGUGUAG